AAUAAUGUCCGGUUUGGGAGUUUGGGAGCUUGGAAGCGAGGCAGGCAGACGGAGUAGUAGCGGGACAGCGGGCACUGAAAGUUGGCCUUGAGGGAUUACUUACAGUCACGGACAUAUGAAGUUUUAGGUCUGCGGAGUAGAAUAAAAGACGCCUUAAUAAGCAUAAAGGCACGGUUUUCUUCAGACGAGUGUACUUCUAUGAGAGACUCGAGGGUAACGGUCAAUCAAUGAGUUCUGCGGACGACCGACGCACCGUCAGAGGAUACAGAAACGGAGGGGCAACGGUGAAGGGAUUAAUCCAGAAAGUCCAUCCUCCACAGCAGUCCCUUAAUGAUUCACUGGAAGGAGAAAUUCAGGCCUUCCUCAUUGAUGAAGAUCAACUUCACACUUAUGAUGACCUCACCAAAGUCAAUCCAGUGACCCCAGCAACAGUGCUGAAAUGCCUGCAGGCCAGGUACAGUAUGAAGGUGUUUUACACCCAUGCUGGAUGCACCUUGGUGGCUCUUAACCCCUUUCAGCCCAUUCCAGACCUCUACACCCUGGAUGUGAUGAAGGAGUAUCAUUGUGCUCCUCAGCCCCAGGAGUUCAAGCCACACAUCUUUAUUGUGGCAGAAGAAGCAUACAGGAACAUUCGGGGCCAGCUUGAGCCGGUGAACCAGUCCUUGGUGGUCAGUGGUGAGAGCGGUGCUGGAAAGACAUGGACAUCUCGGUGCUUGAUGAAAUAUUAUGCCACUGUGGCGGCCGUCUCCUGCAUGGUGAAGAGUCAGGACACAGUGGAGAGGAUAGAGAGGAGAGUGCUGGACUCCAACCCUGUAAUGGAAGCUUUCGGUAACGCCUGCACGCUGCGGAACAACAACAGCAGUCGCUUUGGAAAGUACAUCCAGCUGCAGUUAGACAGGUGUCAGCUCUUAGUUGGGGCGUCUGUUCAGACAUAUUUACUGGAGAAGACCAGGGUGGCCUGCCAACCACCCAAUGAGAGAAACUUCCACAUCUUUUACCAGAUGAUGAAAGGGGCGACAGACGAGCAGCGGAAAGAGUGGAAGAUGUCACGUGACCAAAGUUUUGUUUGGCUGCCAAAUUCUGAAAAAACAGUUGAGGAGGAUUGUUUCCAUGAGACUGUUGAGGCAAUGGAUCAUCUGGGCAUCAAUGCAGAAAGGCAAAGAGAACUAUUUAGGAUAUUAGCAGGGAUUCUCCAGUUGGGAAAUGUGAGCUUUUCCUCUUCAGCAGAUGAAUCACAACCUUGUAACCUCGAUGCACAAUCUAAAGACUUCCUGCAGAGGGCUGCUGAGCUGCUGUGCGUUCCUGCUGAGGAACUUCAGACAUGUUUAAGAGUAAGGACUCUGAAGGCGGGGAAGCAAAGCGUGCUCAAGCCCUGCUCCCAGGCAGAGUGCAGUGUGAGGAGAGACUGUCUGGCCAAAGUCAUUUACGCCCAGUUAUUUGAGUGGCUGGUUACAUUCAUCAACAACAGCAUAUGUGCUGACAAAUCAACCUGGUGCAACUUCAUAGGUGUCCUAGAUGUGUACGGCUUUGAGUGUUUUCACACCAAUAACCUGGAGCAGCUGUGCAUCAACUACGCCAACGAGAAGCUCCAGCAGCACUUUGUAGCUCACUAUCUCAGAGCUCAGCAGGAGGAGUAUGUAUCAGAGGGCUUGGAGUGGUCCUUUGUCAAAUACAAAGACAACCAGAGUUGUCUGAAUCUCAUAGAGGGAAGCCCCGUCAGUGUGUUCUCUCUUCUUAACGAGGAGAGUCGUCUAAAUCGAGCCUCAGAUGCAAAAACAUUCAGAGUUCGUUUGGAGAAGGAGCUCUGUGACAAUGCUAACAUCAGCUGGGACAAGUUCAGCAAGGUGCCACACUUCAGUGUGGCCCAUUAUGCUGGAAAAGUCAGCUAUCAGAUAGAAGGCAUGGCAGAGAAAAACAAGGACCCGGUACCACCAGAGCUCAUCAGCCUGCUUCAAAAGUCUGACAAUCAGCUGCUUCACCAGAUCUUCAGUGACAAUGAAACUGAGAAUCAGACUAGAAAGGGGCCCAGUAAAGCCACUGUGGUCUCCAAGUUUAAGAAUUCACUGGAGAGCCUGAUGAAGAUCCUCCACUCCACAACUCCUCACUACACUCGCUGCAUCAAACCAAACCCUGAGUGCAAGCCACUGUCUUUCAAAAAGGAGGAGGUUAUCAUGCAGCUGGAGGCCUGUGGGAUUGUGGAGACCAUUCAUAUUAGUGCUGCUGGAUUUCCAAUAAGAAUUCCUUUCCAAAGCUUCAUACAACGUUACGGACUGAUCGCAAAAUAUACAAAGUCAGAGGGUCACAGUGUUGAUUUGGAAGCCGACAGCACCAGCACCCUUCAGCGACAAGUGGAGGAGAUGCUCGGUGUGGUGUUAAAACACCACCCUUCGACUGAAGAACGCAGUUCAUUGGUGCACUGUGGGAGGACUAAAGUUUUUCUCACACAAGUGAUGCUAGAUUUACUGGAGGAUCAGAGGAAGAAGAUCCUCUCUCAGUGUGCCUUUACCAUUCAGUGCUGCUGGCUGCGGUACCAGCGUCGCAGAUGCCACGCCCGCCGCCAGUCUGCUACUUUGAUCCAAGCAGCGGUGCGGUCCUGGCUGGUCAGGAAGCGGGUCCGGAGAUGGAACAGAGCAGCUGGAGCCAUCCAGAACGCCUGGAGGAAGUGGAGGUCACUAUUGAAGUCCUUGGCUGAGGCAGAACUUGAUGAUGCAAAGGACCUUGUGGAGGAGGAGGAUGCGCCAGCUGUGAAUCCUGUUGUCAGGGAACGGGGCUCAGUGCAGCUCUCCACCAUCCAGGAGCCUGUCACGGUGCGAGGGUGGCCCAUGGGGCUGGCUCUGGCCUCUGCACCAUCCAUGACCGUGUCUUUGACAGCCACAGGUUUCCAGAAGAUGAUGUCUGUCAUGGCCUCACUCAACUUGCCAUCCAGGAGAGGGGAGUACCAGGUGAAGACCAACCAGUACACGGAGGAACUCGCCUCCAUAAGGGCUCAACCCAAGGGAUCUGUAAAGCUGCACUAUCAGCGAUCUCCGCUUCUCUACGCUGACAGGCAGCCGGACCUGAAGAGUGACGUGACGGGGUUCAAUGAGAUCCUUCUGGAGAAAACUCUGUAACCGUUCUCUCAAUGCAAAACACUAGUGGACACAGUUAAAAGGUAGCUGGGCACCAUGGUGCUUUUGCAGUAAAGCAGCUGCUUCUCCAGCAUCUGAUAUAGCGGGGGAGGGGGGUGGUAUUAUUUCAUGUGGCCACUUUGCAUGUAGAUUAAAACACUAAUUGCCAUUUUUUUUUUUUUUUUUUUUAAAGAAAGGUCAAAAUUGAUCUUACCCUAAUUUUUACAGGGAUGAAGAGAAUCACAAAAACCUGCAUCCUUCCAUAAUUAUGAUUUAACUGAAGUGUUUAUGUAAUUUGGUGCAGUGCUAAAGAUAACCUGCAGUUGCCUUAUGGCCCCAGAGAUUCACCUUAAAUUCAAAAUCUCAGUCAGGAGAACGUCCAGAAACAAUGUCCUCAGCUACAUGUGAGAUCAGGCAGGUCCUUUUUUUUAUUUCUAUUUACAGAAUAUGUGCUGUAUGUCCCACAUACAUGAUGUAGAUGACGAUUAUGAUGAUGUAAAUGCAGGAUAAGACACAAACAACCGUUUUUAAAAGAAAUUUGUGUACAGCUGAAAAUAUAAGGCAUAUUCUUAGCACCUUAAAAACAGACUGCAGGUUUUCGUCUCCUGAUAGAUGAUCAAAAUACUCGGUCUUGAGAAAAGUGCCUUUCUUCAAAUCGACAGUCAACCCACAGAUGAGCUGUACACGUAUUUAUCUUAAUUUUUCUGGUCUGGUGUGAUUGCAGAUGUUAAUGUUGACGUGUAGUUUUGUGGUUUCUGGUGGGGAAAAUGGCAAUCGAGCAAAUAUUGCACAUUAAGCGAAUAUUGCACAUUAAAAGCACGCACACGCUCACAUAAUCAACAAGAUGACACGACAGGGUGUCUAAGGGUUAGGUAAGCAUGUAAAAUUUAAGACUUAAAAAUCUUUUUAAUGCCGAAGCUUCAGGGACUUUUAUUUUUUUUUUUGACGUAGCUGUUUUUAGGCACCACUAAGUUAGCUAAUCAUUAGCCUUUAUUACCCCUCAAACCAAAGAGGCUGAUGGGGUAAGUCAUCACCCCAUCGGGCGGGGGGGCGGCCAGUUUUUAACUUUGUGAAUGUGAUAACACAAGAACAAUGUGACCUAGGAUAGAUGCAUCUGCUAAAAAUUUCGGAUGAGUUUGAAUCUCAGCAGCUUUGAUGUCAAGGUGGAGGUCAUAGGUCAAGCUGAAAAUCUUGUGAAACCAAUAACUUGAACUAUGUCACCUAGGAUUUUUAAAUUGAUGGUAUGGAUGCACCUACUAAAAACCUCGGAUGACUUAGUUCUUACCAUAAUAAUGCCAAUCACAGAAAGUGACAGUAUUCUCAGUAGUUUAUAUUUAUUAUAAUUUUAGCAUUUCUUAUUCCUGGUUCUUAGCAUUUGCUCUUGAAUGAAUGUGGUGAAUAAAGUCACUAAGUCACCCCAUUAAGAUCUACUGAGACCUGUAAUUAUGUGCUCUAGUAUUUGUACUUCCAGAUUUGUGCCACCUAAAGAUUCUAAAAACAGCCCAACAAGGUUAUUAUUUCUACAUCUGAUCUAAAUGUGUAGCGGUGGUGAAAAUGGUGAAAUAAUCUGCUGGAAAUUCUGUGAUGUAACUAAAACCCUGUAAGGCACCUGCAAACUAAACCUUUUCAAGGUCUGCUAUUGAUGAGUAUUGAAGAGUUUUAAGGACCUGCAGACACCCUGCAAAACUCACACUUCACUGAUGUGAGCAAGGAUGAACCCAGGUUCACUUAGACUGCUGCUCUUUGUCCUUUAUGCACAUCAGCAAAAUAUCUGACUGAACCACUUUGUGUGGAUUUUCAUCCAAAGCAAUGCUGUACUGUAACAUACCAAAGUCACUUUACACUAAUGUUUGUGCAGGAGAAACUUGAUUUUCUUUUAACUGACAUAUUAUCACUAUCAGGUUUAUUUAAAGUUUUAACAAACACAUUAGUAACAACUGUGUAAAUCUUUGCAGCUUCUGACUCAACACUUAACCUUCAGAGAUUUCCUAAGAUUUUCUAGUUUUAUCUGGACACGUCCGGGUC